ACCCAACCUUAUGAAGUAGGGUCUGGGAAUUUUUUAAGGUUUACAAUCUUAACCUUAUGAAGUAGGGUCUGAGAAUUUUUAAGGUUCACACCCCUCUAGGGUAAGCCGAGGGUUCCGGGGCUCCAGAUCCACUCUAACCCUCUCACUGUCCAGGACUAGUCAGGGAGAGUCAGGCCCAGAGCAUGGAGAUCAUGCUGGGCCAAAGGCACCUCAGGGAGAGCAACAGCCUGUGGCCCGGCUCUCCAGAGUCCCUUUAUAGGGGGCCCUGGUGGCUCCUGGAGGUUCCCCUGAAAAGGCAAAGGGGGCCUGGGGAGGCUGCAACAGCCUCAAGCUACAGCCCUGCUCAAAGACUUCAGAGCUUUCCCCAGAGCCCCUGCCUAGAAUGUGGGCUGCCUGUCCUUCCCUCUCCAGAGCUAGCUGAGCAGCGGGCCUUGGGCUUUGGCUCUGAGCUCUGCAGGAAAGGCCCCGGGGCGCCUCCUGAGACAGGCCCAAACUUUCGGGUGGCCCCCCCACACCCCCUUUGUGUCCAGGGGCUGGAGAGGACCUUCCUCCGGGGUGCUGCCCCCUUCUUCCUUGUCCUGCCUUGCAUGGGACCCGGGGAAUGCUGCCAGCUGGCCCCCCCUGACCCUCCUGACCCAUGCAUGAGGUCACAACGGGGGCCUCCUGGCUGUGUUACGCCUGCGAGGCUGCCCCUUCUUAGCUCAGCUGUCCCAGAGAGCCAUAGCCAGUCUGCCCUCCCCGCAGAGAGUAUCCUGGCCCUCCUCCAGCAGCCCCCUCCACCCCCACCCCAGAGCCCUGAUCUUCAGGCGCACCGAGACUCCCUGAGCCCAAUGAAACCCCGGAAACCCUCACCAGUUGUUCUGCCCGGAGAGCUCCACCUGCCGGAAGUGGAAGCGGAACUAUCCUUCCCGCUGUGCUUCCCCAAGCCUGGCCCUCUACAGAGAGCCGUGGCGGAGGGCAACUACCCGCCCCUCGGGCCGUUCACGGCCAUGUUCGAGAGUGACUUUCUGCAGGUCACCAACAAGGGGGAGCCUGUCUUCCUGCACAAGAAGGAGAACCCGGUGACCAUGGCUGUGGCCUCCUCCUUCCCGGGGCUCCUGCUCCCGGACCUCGUCCUGCUGGCCCGGCCCGUCCAAAGCAAGAAGCAGCCUCCGCGGCUGGAGCUCACCAGGCUGCUGCCGGCACAGCUGGUCCGCCUGUUUGUCCACAGCGAGGCCGGAUGGAGGCUGAAGCUCCGCCUGGCCUCCGGCCGCAGUUUCUACCUGAGGCUGGUGGCCGAGCCGGCCGAGGGCUGCCUCCUGUUCAACCGCUGGCGCUUCCUGAUCUUCCUGAUGCAGGGGCCCAUCCCGGCCUGGGCCCGGAGCCCCGACGAGCAGGCCGCCCAGGACGAGAGCGCCCCGAUGUCCGCAGCGGAGGCCCCCCCCAAACGGAAGGAGGUGGCCUUCCCUCCCCAGUACCCCGUCCCGAGGACCAAGGGGAGCCCGGGCUGGACCUGGGACAAAGCACUGCACUACCCUGGGCCGCUCUCCCAACUGAUGGACCAGCAGAGCGCCCCGGCCCUCCCGGAAGUGAUGUCGAGAGCGGAAGCCGCCCCCAUGUCCUUCCGGUCCCAGCAGAAGCUCCCAGUCAGGAGAGAAGAGCAGCAGAAAUCAGAGCCCACCCUUUUCAGGAGGAGCACCCCGGGGAGCCUAGUGGAAGUGGAAGGGCAGCCGAGAGUCACCAUCCGGACUCUGUUCUCCACAAUUUCCGGGUCUCACCUGUCUAAGGCUGCCUCACCAGCGGAGACGUCCUCUUCAGGGCCCUCCAGGCCACCCUCCCAAGAGCACCCCCAGGAGCCGGGCACUGCCAACAAGCUGCCGCUCCCCCAAGAGCAGCCGCAGCCCCAGGAGCUCCCCCAAGAGCAGCCGCAGCCCCAGGAGCUCCCCCAAGAGCAGCCGCAGCCCCAGGAGUUCCCCCAAGACCAGCCGCAGCCCCAGGAGCUCCCCCAAGACCAGCCGCAGCCCCAAGAGCUCCCCCAAGACCAGCCGCAGCCCCAGGAGCUCCCCCAAGACCAGCCGCAGCCCCAGGAGCUCCCCCAAGACCAGCCGCAGCCCCAGGAGCUCCCCCAAGAGCAGCCGCAGCCCCAGGAGCUCCCCCAAGACCAGCCGCAGCCCCAGGAGCUCCCCCAAGAGCAGCCGCAGCCCCAAGAGCUCCCCCAAGACCAGCCGCAGCCCCAGGAGCUCCCCCAAGAGCAGCCGCAGCCCCAGGAGCUCCCCCAAGACCAGCUGCAGCCCCAGGAGCUCCCCCAAGACCAGCUGCAGCCGCAGCCCCAAGAGGGCCCCCAAGAGAGGCGCCAUUCCAAGAGGCACCACCACCACUCAAAACACCACCACCACCAUUCAAAAUGGCAGCAGCUCCCCCAAGAGCAGCCACAGCCCCGAAGGCUGUGCAAAUGCCCGAGCAUGCAGGAGCCGCCACUGCGGGUUAAGGUUCGGGAAACCUUAGGGGAGCCCAGAACACUGGCCGAAGGUCUUUUAAAAAAAAUUGAGGCCUGGGAUGCCUGGCGGUUCGGGUGGGUCCGCUGCCAGCCUCCGGAAGCCGCCGGGGUCGCCACAGAGCAGCCCAAGGACAACCCGAGGGACGGUCCGGAGCCCACCCAGGCCUCACAGCCCUGCGCCAGUUUCAAGGCUCUGAGGAAGGCUAUCCAGAAGCCACCGAGCUGGCUCACCAGAGCAUGGCAACAGGGCAAAAAGGUGGUCUGCACCUGUACCAGGGGCUCCAGCUAAUCCCCUGCCCAGGCCACCUAACUGCAUUAGAUUUUUUUUUUUAUUUUUUUUAAAUAUAUUUUAUUUGAUUAUUUCCAAGCAUUAUUCAUUAAAGACAUAGAUCAUUUUCUUUUCCUCCCCCCACCCCCACCCCCCAUAGCCAAUGCGUAAGUCCACUGGUUAUUACAUGUUUUCUUGAUUUGAACCCAUUGCUUUGUUGAUAGUAUUUGCAUUGGAGUGUUCAUUUAGAGUCUCUCCUCUGUCAUGUCCCCUCAACCGCUGUAUUCAGGCAGUUGCUUUUCCUCGGUGUUUCCACUCCCAUAGUUUAUCCUUUGCUUAUGAAUGGUGUUUUUUUUUUCUCCUGGAUCCCUGCAAGUUGUUCAGGGACAUUACACCGCCACUAAUGGAGAAGUCCAUUACCUUCGAUUAUACCACAGUGUAUUAGUCUCUGUGUACGAUGUUCUCCUGGUUCUGCUCCUCUCGCUCUGCAUCACUUCCUGGAGGUUGUUCCAGUCUCCAUGGAACUUCUCCACUUUAUUAUUCCUUUUAGCACAAUAGAAUUCCAUCACCAACAUAUACCACAGUUUGUUCAGCCAUUCCCCAAUUGAAGGGCAUCCCCUCGUUUUCCAGUUUGGGGCCACCACAAAGAGCGCAGCUAUGAAUAUUCUUGUACAAGUCUUUUUCCCCAUUAUCUCUUUGGGGUACAGACCCAGCAGUGCUAUGGCUGGAUCAAAGGGUAGACAGUCUAUUAGCUCCCUUUGGGCAUCAUUCCAAAUUGCCCUCCAGAAUGGCUGGAUCAGUUCUCAACUCCACCAGCAAUGAAUUAAUGUCCCUACUUUGCCACAUCCCCUCCAGCAUUCAUUACUUUCCUUUGCUGUCCUGUUAGCCAAUCUGCUAGGCGUGAGGUGAUACCUCAGAGUUAUUUUGAUUUGCAUCUCUCUGAUUAUACGAGAUUUAGAGCACUUCUUCAUGUGCUUGUUAAUAGUUUUGAUUUCUUUAUCUGAGAACUGCCUAUCCAUGUCCCUUGCCCAUUUAUCAAUUGGAGAAUGGCUUGAUUUUUUUUUGUACAAUUGAUUUAGCUCUUUAUAAAUAUGAGUAAUUAAA